AUGAAACUUAUGAGACAAAAACCUUUAUUAUUGUUUAUGGAUAACAAUUUGUUAGAUAUACUUCAUAGUAGGAAAUAAUAUGAAUAUAGUUAUAGCAAUCUAGUUCCAAAACUCAUUGAAAAAUUGCUGUCUUAAGGUAUAAAUAAUUAUCUAUAAAAAAUAAAAUAUAGGUAAUCUCACGGUAGUACUACAUUAGAAUCUGGUAGUGGAAAUGACUCUAUCCGUUGAUGAGAUGUUGAGACAACCCAAGAGAUUCUACCUCAAGAUAAUUGUUACAAAGACCUUCUUUCUUGGUUUAAAUUGCCACUUUAACAUCUCUCAAUUUUAAAAAUAGUAUUUAUUAAUUGUAUUCUUUAGUGAGACUUAUCAAACAAUACUUCGAAUAUGUCAAAAUUUAAUUUUGGAAGCUUCAGGAGCCUUUAUUUUGAAAGGAGCAAUUGAAAAUUAUCAUACAUUUUUUAAAAGAAUCUUUGAAUAAAUUUAAUCGGUUUCUUUUGGAAAAUGCUAUUACUAUACUUCUAUCUGA